CAAAGAAUUUGAAUGGAAAUGUAGGGCGGCAAGGAGAAUAAGGAAGAAAGGAAGAGCAAAAGGGGGUAUAAUAAUCGGUUUAAGAAAGGAACUGAAAGAACUGGAAUACAAAGAAAUAAGUGACAAUAUGGUGGAAAGGAAAAUAGCAUAUAAGGACAAGACAUUCAGGAUAAUAGUGAUCUAUAAUCAAGACACAAAAGGAACAUGGAAAGAGAUAGAGGAAAGAGUAGACGGAAGAGAAGAGGAAGUGAUGAUCGUCGGCGGAGACUGGAACGCGAGAACGGGAGAAGAGGGAGGGCAGGUAAACGAGGACAUAGGGAAAGAAAAAGACAGGCGAUCAAAAGACAAGAAAAUAAAUGCGGAAGGAAGAACACUGCUUAGGUACGAGAGAGGCUGGACGAUAAUAAAUGGCAGGGAUGAAGAAGGAGAGGAGUGGGCCUAUAUUGGGGAGAGAGGAAACUCGGUAAUAGAUUAUGUGAUCGGAAACCAGGAGGCGACAGAAGAAAUAUUUGACGUGAAGGUCGGAAAAAGAACAGAGUUGGACCAUAUGCCACUAGAAGUAGAAAUAGGGGGGCCAGAACUACAAAACCCGAAGAAAGGGAAGAAGAAGAGAAAGAGAGAAGGGAGUGGACAAGGAAAGCAUGGAAAAAUACCUGGAGGAAUGCAAAGAUUGGACCUACGAGGGGAGAACAGUAGAGGAGUUGUGGACAGAAAUCAAAAACAAGGUAAACAAAGCGAUACCAAAGAAGAGAGUAAAGAUAAGAAAAUGGGGCAUGGGAGAGAAAGUGUGGUAUGA